UGCAAAUUAUUCCUCACCAAGACUAGAGGACUCAAACCACAUGACAAAAUUACAAAACCUACUUCCUGACACCACAAAUCUCCAAGCUUAAACAACCACUCACGCUUCUCAAAAAUCAAUCCCCCAAAAUGCACAUCAAUCAUUCAAGAAUCUCACUUGUUCUACUCCUCAUUUUCUUGCCCUUCAAAUCCAGGGCCUGUCACCCCACUGAUAAACAAGCCCUUCUACACUUCAAGAAAACAAUCACUUCUGACCCCUCCAACCUGCUCAAAACCUGGAUGCCUCACACAGAUUGCUGCACACUCUGGGAGGGCAUUUCUUGCAGCUCUCCCUCCGGCCGGGUCGUCAAUGUCUCCCGACCGGGCCUGUUUUCUGACCCGGAUUCUCCUGUCGACACUUGGAUGUCUGGGACUCUGUCUCCGUUUCUUGGAAACCUAUCUUUUCUCCAAGUUCUUGAUCUCAGCAACCUCAAGUACUUGUCGGGCCACAUCCCUCCUCAAUUGGGCAAGUUGUCCAAGUUGAAUUACAUGUUUCUUGAAUCGAACAAUCUCACCGGGCCGAUCCCUGUCGCGUUCCAGGGAUUGAAUCAGCUGAAAAGCCUCUAUCUUAGCAAUAACCAUUUGUCCGGCGUGGUCCCUAGUAGUCUUUUCAACAACUUCACUUUGCUCUCUCAGCUAGGCCUGUCAGGAAACCGCUUUUCGGGUCCAAUCCCACCUUCUUUAGGCAGGAUGGUUUCACUAACUAAUCUUGAUCUCCACGAAAAUAACUUCUCAGGCAGAAUACCAGAAACCAUUGGAGAGCUCAAGAACAUUGCAUACAUUGAUCUGUCUGAGAACCAGAUAGCUGGAACCAUACCAGAAUCCGUAGGUGGCCUCUCCAAGCUGGAGAUCUUAUAUCUUAACGGCAACCGUCUCACCGGAAAAAUCCCUUCGUCUGUAGACGGGCUUGUUUCGUUGCAGUUUCUUCGUUUAUCGGAAAACAGGCUGACAGGUGCAAUACCGCCUUCUAUCGGCAACCUUCCAGUGAUUCGAAGCCUGGUUUUCGAGAACAACAGGCUUGGUGGAAAGAUACCUUCAACUAUUGGCCAUCUCACCACUCUUAAUGCUAUAUACUUCUCUAACAACAGAUUCACAGGCAAAAUCCCAGCAAGUUUAGGGAACUUGAAAAAUCUGCAGAGCCUGGAUUUGUCAAGAAACCAACUUUACGGCCCGAUUCCAUCUCAGCUUCAGAAAUUACAAACUCUGCAAGAUUUAGACCUCUCAUUCAAUCCUCUGGCACUAGGAAGCAUACCUGAUUGGUUCAAGAAAUUACGUCUUUUUCGUCUUCUCCUCUCAGGGACAGGGCUCAAAGGGGAGAUGCCUAACUGGCUCUCAUCUUCGUCUAUAUCGACCCUGGAUUUGUCCAGCAAUUCCCUGUCAGGGAAACUGCCUUCCUGGAUGGGAAACAUGACCAAUCUUUCGUUUCUGAACUUAUCAAACAACGGUUUCCAUUCUUCGAUCCCUGAUGAAUUCAAGAACCUGACACUGUUGACAGAUGUUGAUCUUCACUCCAACAAGCUCUCUGGAGACCUGAACCCUAUAUUCUUAAAGAGUUCGGAGUUUGCUCUUGGUCACUACAGUUCCAUCGAUCUUUCCUAUAACAUGUUCAAAGGACAUAUCGAUGACAACAUUGGAGACAACCCCGUGAUGGACUUUCUUGAAUCCAUGAUCCUAUCCCACAAUCCAUUGGGAGGAAACAUUCCGAAAUCUCUUGGAAAAUUGAGCUACUUGGAGGUUCUGGAACUUGAGGGAAACGGCCUGUCAGGGGAAAUACCUCAGGAGCUUGGCAAUGCAAAGUCACUGAAAACCGUUAUACUGUCACACAACAAUUUGAGUGGAGAAAUCCCUGGACAAGUGCUGAAUCUUGAAUAUAUUCAGAGAUUCGACGUUUCUUGGAACCGGUUGAGGGGAAAGAUACCGCCCCACAAGGCUGUUAUCCCGGUUUCCGGCUUCGUAGGGAAUCCUGGAUUGUGUGGAGCUCCACUGCCUCCAUGCAAGCAUUCCUAGUGGAAAUGAGAUGGAAACAUUCCUUGACUCCAUUCUUUGUUUUUCUAUUUCUGUAAAUUAACAGUUCUUACGACCACUGAAACAUUAUGCUCGACAUUGCUGCAAGAAGAUCAAGAAUCUUAACUACAAUUGGUGUAGGUAUGUUGUUCAAUCUUGUCAAUGUGAGAAUACAAAAUGGUCUUGGACAUGCUAAAGUAUGCUGUUUCUAUGGAGUGAGAUUUAGAGCUGCAUUUGAGGAGCUCA